AUGGAGACCAAGUGGGUCAACAUGCCCACAGUGUCGAGCAUGGCAGAACACAUCCGCGAAUUCAAGGCAAUGUACAGCAUGAUUCUUCUGGCACUGGUGGACCACCGGUACAGGUUCCGGUACGUCAGUGUGGGAUCGCCUGGCCGGUGCCACGGCUCUUACGUCUACCAACGUUCGCUGCUGGAAAAUGCGGUCCAGGGACAUUUGUUCCGCCGGCCACUACUCACUAUCAGUGGCAUUGCUGUGCCACCUCUGAUCCUGUGUGACCAGGCCUUCCCACUGACGGCGAACCUCAUCAAACCAUUCAGUCACAGGGCACAGUUGAGCAACGAACAAAGGUUGUUCAAUUACAACCUUUCCAAAGCUCGCCGCAUUGUUGAGAAUGCAUUUGGUAGGCUAAAGGCAAGGUUUCGCUUCAUCAUGAAAGGAAUGGAGUGCGACCUUGACACCUCUCGCCUUGCCAUCCGUGCCUGCUGUGUUCUCAACAAUGUGUGUGAGCAUUUCGGUGACACUCUGCUCCAACACUGGCUGGUUGAGGUUCAGAACAACGACAAGGAGCUCCAACAGCCUGACCAUACCACAGACGUUGUAGAAGGCACAGGUUGCGACGUGAGAGAAGCUCUCGUGAGACAUUUUCAGCUCAGCUGUGCUGGAAGUGCCUAA